GCCUUUUAGAUAUAGACCCAGAAACCAACCCCCUUUCCCAUAUCAUAAAAGCUUUUCUCCAAUGACGACGAACAAUGAGCCGUCUAGCGUAGAGUCCGCAAUUGAAAUCCUCUCACGUUCCCUAAGAGAAAAGAUCAAAGCAAUUCAUCAGACAAACUAUUCGGAGGAUUCAUCGCUUUCUCAUCCGCUAUCGUUCCCUUGUAUUUACAAGGUCUCCAAAGAGCUUCGUAAACUAAACAAAAGGGCCUAUAACCCUUGGGUAGUCUCUAUCGGCCCAAUUCACAACAACAAUGACGAUGACAAAGAGGAACAACAUCUGAAAGAAAUGGAGCACAUCAAAGUGGCUUACACGGAAGAGCUACUUUGUCGAAUUGCCGGGAAAUCGGCUUCUCCGGAGGUUAAAGGAUAUUGGAUGCACAAAGCACUGAUGGAAUGUUCAGCCGCCAUGCUGCACUUAGCAGCCAGUGCCUUCAACUGCUAUGCCGAUAACCUGAAACCCAUCAUCGAGAAGAAGAUUCCUCAGCAUAGGCUAGCCGAGAUGUUGCUGAUCGACGGUUGCUUCAUACUCGAGCUUCUCUACAGUUGCUUCCGACGUAUCUUUCCUAACAAUGCUCCAAAACCUUCCCACUUCUCGCAUCGCGCAUCGGACCUCGAUUGUGCUGGAGUCAAGUUUGAGCCCGAUACCGGCGUCGACUUCAAAGAAGCUUCCGGACUUCUAUGGUGGUGUAGUCGUGCUAAGUUCAAAAUCCCACCGUUAUAUAUUUACGACAGCACAGAGCCCUUACUGAGAAACCUCAUUGCUUUCAAGCAGUGUUGUCCUUCCAUUGAGCGUCGUCACAUCACAUCUUAUGCCUUUCUUAUGGAUUCGCUCAUUGAUUCUGCUGCUGAUGUCGAAUUGCUCGAAAAGAAUAACAUUAUAAAUAAUUGUUUGGGUGCCAGUGAAGAUGCCUCGGUUCUGUUCAACAAUAUCUGCAAGGAUGCUGUAUUAGAAGAGUUCGAUUUUGAAAAACCGCGCAAUGAUGCGGAGAGUCACUGCAGGCGUCUGUGGCCGAGAUUUAUAACGUCGUUGAAACGCGAUUACUUCUCUAACCCGUGGUCGGUUAUCGCUGUUGUUGCAGCCUUUAUCUUGUUCGCCCUUGCAGUGGUGCAGACAGUCUACGCACUCCUAACCUAUUACGGAGUAGAAUAUGGAACUGUGAGAGAGUUGCAUGAUAUGCAUUCAGUGUUAUGAAGUAUGUUUGAUUGUCCACCUUCCUAGCUAGAAGUUGGAGCAAGAAGUUGAAAACAUGGGUUCAAUAAUCGCUGCAAGUCACUAUAAGUUUGAAUGAAAUUGUUGUAUUGUAUUUAAUGUUUUUAUAUUGUCAAGUUUAUCUAUAUGUAUUUCAGAGUUGCAAGUGUGCGACUAAGAAGAAGAAUAAGGGAGUGAGAGUCUGAGAGAGAAUAAUUUCUUCUCUUGUAAGUUAUUAUUUGUUUCUGUUUGUUUGAGUCAAAUAUAAGUGUGUUUUUCAGAUUA